AUGUGACCCCACCUGGGCGGGCGGGGAGGGGCGCAGGUGAGGCGCGGCCGCGGGUGCCCAGCACGGAGCGCGGAGCACGGGGCACGGAGCACGGAGCACUGAGCACAGCGCGGCCAGCACGCCGGCGGCAUGUCUGUGGGCAGGAAGAACUGGUCGGCGCUGUCCAGCCUGGCCCGACAGCGCACUCUGGAAGAUGAGGAGGAGCAGGAGCGUGAACGCAGGCGGCGCCACCGCAACCUGAGCUCUACCACGGAGGAGGAGUCCCCCAGGCUCACCCAGAACGGAGAGCAGAGGGCGGCCGAGAGGCUGCUGAGUGUGGAGGAAGCAGAGGCGCCCCCGCCGCCACCCCCAGCCUCCAAGGACGAGGACGAGGACGAGGACGUGCAGGCCAUCCUGAGGUCGCGGAAGGAGCGCAGGCAGAGGCAGAGGCAGCAGGCGGCGGAGGCUGCGCUGCAGGACCCCGUCCAGGAGAGGCCGGAGGCCGAGGCGGGAAGGGACAGCGUGGACGCUGGGCAGGCCGCGCAGCAGCCCCCGGUGCCCAGGAAGGAGCCGGAGCCCCCGCCUCACCAGAGACUGAGCCGGGAGCAGCGGGGGCUCUGGGCCCAGGGCGAGGAGGAGAGCUCGGCGGGGAAGAAGGAGGUUCUGGAAAAGACCCCUGCCUUGGAGAAGGCCCCCGUGCCGGAAGAGAAGACGUUAGCCCCGGAAAAGAGACUGGUCUCUGAGCAGAGCUCCGCCUCCGGGCAGCCGCCCGUGCCAGAGAAGAGCCCCCGGCCCGGGAAGAGCGCAGAGCCCCAGAAGAGGGGUGUCCAGGAGGAGGCGCCCCCGGAAGAGACAAGUGCCUCGGAGAAGGCCCCGGCCAAGCCGGCAGGCUCCGGCGGGAGGCGGGUGUUGGAGAGAGCCUCCAUCUUUGAGAAGCCGCUGCUCUCUGACAAGUCCCCGGCCACAGAGGCGAAGCCGGCCCCCAAGAGGGCAGCAGCAUCGGAGCAGGGAGCCCCUGCAGGGAGCCCGGCCACUGCCAAGGCGCCCGUCCCUCCACCCGGGGCUUCCCGCCUGCCACCCAUCACGCUCCAGGUGAAGAUCCCCAGCAGGGAGGAAGAGGCAGACACAUCCUCGCCAUCCCAGCUCACCUACAGCAGCUCCCUCAAACGCUCCAGCCCCAGAACCAUCUCCUUUCGGAUGAGCCCCAGGAAGGACAACUCGGAAACAACCUUGACCCGAAGUGCCAGCGUGAGGCUCCCGGCCAGCUCGGCCAAGCUGGGCGAGAAGCUGGAGAGAUACCACACGGCCAUACAGAGAUCCGAAUCCGUCAGGUCUUCUGGCUCUUCCCGGGCCGAGGUCUUUGUGGCUCCUGCGGGUGUCGCCAGCAAGCGCCACCUCUUUGAGAAGGAACUGGUGGGCCAGAGCCGGCCAGAGCCGGCCUCCAGCAGGAAGGAGAACUUGAGGCUCUCCGGGGUUGUGACGUCAAAGCUAAACCUGUGGAUCAGCCGGACCCAGGAGUCCGGAGAGCAGGACCCCCAGGAGGUGCGCAGAGAGGCGGCAGCCACCAGGAGGACUCAGCGGGGGAAGAAGCCAGAGGCUUCCUUCGAAGUUGAGGUGUGACAGCUCUGUGAAGAAAGGCUGCCAGUCUGCGUCUCAGGGCCCCCCCAUCCUGCAGGCCCCGCCUCCCACAGCUGCACCCCGUUGCGCCCUGCCUUUGCUCCCUUCCUGCCUCUCGACCUGUCAGGACCCGCUUGGGCUACGAAUGUCAGCGGCCCUUCCCAGCCCAGCCCCCGGGGCGGGGGGCAGGUGUGCCCUGGCCCCCUUCCUAUGGCACUGCAGGUCCUGGGACCCGGCGCCAGCUCAGGCACAGCACAGGGGCCCAUCAGCAGCACUGUGAGGCCAGGGCAGGGCCUCACUGCCCCUCUCACCUGCUCCCCGCGGGGCCUCCAGGUGCCUGGAUGAGGCACGGACCCACCCAUCGCAGUCCCUGAGGGCUGCUCCCACCAGCUGGCCAGGGAGCUGCGUGUGCCUCGUCCCCAGGCCCCCCUCCCCCCAGGAGACCUGUCCUCAGGAAGUUGCUGAUAAACUCAGUCUCAGGUGCAACCGAUUGUGAUGCCUGUGAAUCCCGUUCCGAGCCUUCGCUGCCUGGCGGGCUCACCAGGGUGCGGGAGGGGUGUUUUGGCUGGAGGUAGGGGGCUGGGUGUCACCUUUCUCCUCACCCCCUCUUCUCACAUUAAGGGGGUGGGCCUGGUGCCCAGUGGUCCCAGCUUGGUGGCUGGGGACCCUGGGACUGCCACGUAUGUGGAGGUGUCAGAAGGCACGUGACGAAUGGAAUUAAAAGAUGUUGAUUUUGGUGCAAAGAGAGUUUAAAUCCAGGCACAGGAGCCGACUUCAAAAAGGCUCAUAAAAAAGAGAACACAUGGAUUUCAAAUCGCAGACUGUGAACAUCUGUAAGUUCUGGGAUCUGUGUACAAACGUGCAGCACAUCCCUCACAGAGCGCCAGCCCUGCCCCCAUUCGGCCCCGGCCAGGCCUCCUCUUCCCAGCACCUGGGCCCAGCUGUGCUUCGCGAGCACGGAGCCCACAGAGAACCCAGGACACGCCCAUUUGGUCUGGUGCAUCAACCUGACGGCGCUCAUUCAGAAGUACCUGUCUCGGCCGGCGCCGCAGCUCACUAGGCUAAUCCUCCGCCUUGUGGCACCGGCACACCGGGUUCUAGUCCCAGUCGGGGCGCCUGAUUCUGUCCCGGUUGUCCCUCUUCCAGGCCAGCUCUCUGCUGUGGCCAGGGAGUGCAGUGGAGGAUGGCCCAAGUGCUUGGGCCCUGCACCCCAUGGGAGACCAGGAGAAGUACCUGGCUCCUGCCAUUGGAUCAGCACAGUGCGCCGGCCGCAGCACACCGGCUGCGACGGCCAUUGGAGGGUGAACCAACGGCAAAGGAAGACCUUUCUCUCUGUCUCUCUCACUGUCCACUCUGCCUGU